AUGGCCAUGCCGAAAGAUGCCACGCCGCAGGUCCAGAAGCUGUUGGACCUGGAACGGGAGGCCUCGCAGGCGUUGAUGGAGGAGGAAGCCAAGAGAGCAGAAGAAGCCAGGCUGGCAGAAGACACCAGGCUGGCAGAAGAAGCCAGGCUGGCAGAAGAAGCCAGGCUGGCAGAAGAAGCCAGGCUGGCAGAAGAAGCCAGGCUGGCAGAAGAAGCCAGGCUGGCAGAGGAGGCCAGGCUGGCAGAGGAGGCCAGGCUGGCAGAGGAGGCCAGGCUGGCCGAGGAAGCUCGUUUAGCAAAGCUGUCAGCAGAGGCUAGAGCAGCAGAGGAGGCAAGGAAAGCAAAGGAAGCCAGGCUAGCAGAAGAAGCGAGGCGAGCAGAGGAAGCGAGGCUGGCAGAGGAAGCGAGACUGGCAAAGAUAGCAGAGGAAGCUAGGCUGGCAGAAGAAGCCAGGUUGGCGGAGGAAGCCCGGUUGGCAGAAGAGGCCGGGCCCAGCUUUGCAUUGUGA